CUGGUUUACCACACGCUCGUGGAUGUCUUUAUACCGGGACGGAAAAGCCGCGGCACCUCAGGUGUCCAUCGUCCGCCGUGCAAGAUAUCCGUCAUCAUGGAGGAAGACGAACAGAAAAUGGCUGUAAUGCGAAAAGCAUUCCAAAUGUUUGACACGACGAAGAGCGGUUUCAUCGACACGCUGAAAAUCUCAACGAUAUUGAACACGAUGGGCCAGCUGUUCGACGACUCUGACUUGAACUCUUUGAUCGCGGAGAACGAUCCAGAAGGUACCGGUAAGGUAAAUUUCGACGGGUUCUGCAAAAUCGCUGGCCGAUUCUUGGAGGAAGAAGAUGCCGAAGCGAUGCAAGAGGAAUUGAAAGAGGCCUUCCGUUUGUACGAUCGUGAAGGGAACGGGUACAUCACAACAGCUACUUUAAAGGAGAUCCUUGCUGCUCUCGAUGACAAACUCACCAGUGCGGAUUUAGAUGGCAUAAUUGCUGAAAUUGAUACUGAUGGAUCGGGCACAGUUGACUUCGACGGUAACGUACUUGAUAGUUAACUCGUAAUUUCUCCGAUUUGGUUGUUGUUUGCGUUCUUGAGAAGCCGAAGUAGAACAUGAUUUUUCUAUUUUUUAGAAUUCAUGGAGAUGAUGACUGGAGAAUAA